AUGCAAAAGCAGUUAGUCUCUCUGGUGUUUUUCAGAAGCCCACACACACCGCUAGCAGGGAGAAGUGCAGGGCAGCUACAGCACAGCACUUGGGCCAGCUACUCAUUUUGUCUUGACUAGGCUCUGCCGCCUCAAGAGCUCUCCAAAAUGUGUGACAUGGGGGGGCUUGACAACCUAAUUGCCAACACAGCCUAUCUGCAGGGAGAUGGAGACACCAAGGAGAUGCAAAAGAGACGUAAGAGCCUCUCACUGCCCAAGAUUGAUCAAUGUGCGGAGGCCAGACAGUCCAUUGUUGCUGAUUAUGACAGCAUCUGCGAGCAGCAGCCUAUUGGCAAAAAAUUCUUCAGAGACUUCUUAGAGACAGUGCCAGAAUAUUUGGUAGCUAAGGACUUCCUGGAUGAGGUGUCAAACUGGGAGUUGGCGGAGGACAAUGUCAAGAGCAGUACCAUGGAGAAUAUGAUCACAAAUUUUCUUAAGGCAGGCUCCAAAAACUAUCUGGCUUUCAUGAGCUCUGACUUGGCCAGCAAAUGCGAGGCAGCUACUGAGAAAGACUACGAGAAUGUCAUGCAGCUGGCCAAGGAGGAAACCAAACUCUUUCUUAAAGACAGGCCCUUCCAGGACUUCCAGACCAGCCCCUUCUAUGACAAAUUCCUCCAAUGGAAAGUUUUUGAGAAGCAGCCGGUAACUGACAAAUACUUCUAUGAGUUCCGAGUGCUGGGCAAAGGUGGCUUCGGAGAGGUUUGUGCCAUCCAGGUGAAAAAUACUGGCAAGAUGUACGCCUGCAAGAAACUGGAUAAGAAAAGAUUGAAAAAGAAAGGUGGAGAGAAGAUGGCGCUACUGGAGAAAGAGAUCCUGGAGAAGGUCAAUAGCCCUUUCAUAGUCACACUAGCUUAUGCCUAUGAGAGCAAAAGCCAUCUGUGUCUUGUCAUGAGCCUCAUGAAUGGAGGGGAUCUGAAGUAUCACAUCUACAAUGUGGGAAAAAGGGGUUUGGAAAUAAACAGAGUCAUCUAUUACUCAGCUCAGAUCACCUGUGGGAUUCUGCAUCUCCAUUCCAUCAAGAUUGUCUACCGGGACAUGAAACCAGAAAAUGUCCUCCUGGAUGAUAAUGGUAAUUGCAGACUGUCUGAUCUUGGAUUGGCAGUGCAAGUCAAAGAGGGAAAAAGCAUCACUCAGAGGGCUGGGACAAAUGGUUAUAUGGCUCCAGAAAUCCUGAAGGAAGAAAAUUACAGCUAUCCUGUGGACUGGUUUGCUAUGGGAUGUAGUAUUUAUGAGAUGAUUGCUGGGCGAACACCAUUUAAGGAUUACAAAGAAAAGGUCGAUAAGGAUGAGGUUAAAAGAAGAACUCUGGAAGAUGAGGUGAAAUUUGAACAUGCCGACUUUACAGAGGAAGCAAAAGAUAUUUGCCGACUGUUUUUGGCCAAGAAAACAGAGAAUCGUUUAGGAAGCAGAAAUGAAGAUGAUGACCCAAGAAAACAUAGUUUCUUCAAAACAAUAAAUUUCCACAGGCUAGAGGCAAACCUUAUUGACCCUCCAUUUGUGCCAGAUCCGUCAGUUGUCUAUGCCAAAGAUGUUGCAGACAUUGCUGACUUCUCUGAAAUACGAGGAAUUGAGUUUGAUGACAAAGAUAAGAAGUUCUUCAAAAAGUUUGCAACAGGUGCUAUCCCUAUAGCCUGGCAGGAAGAAAUUAUUGAAACGGGACUGUUUGAAGAGCUGAAUGAUCCUAACAGAGUAGAUUCCGGGGGUUAUGCAAACGGAGGUGAAGCUAAGUCAGGAGUUUGUUUGUUGUUGUAA